AUGGCAUCUCAAGUGGACUCGAUCCUCUACAGGGACUUUCCAUCGACCAUCGGCCUCUCGAGGGAGGACUUGGAAGAGCUACUCGGGCGGCCAGAGCAUCAGCAGCAGGCACAGCAGCGAGCAGCGCAGCAAGGUCUAGAUGCCAGUGAUGCCUACCUAGAGGCCUUUGUCGAUUCGCUGCCCGAGGUGAGGGCAUUGUUCGAUGAGCACGCAAGACUGCUCAAGGAGAGUGAAGCCAAAGCAGCUCGCAAUCUCGCCCUUCAGCCUGGACUCGAAGCGCUGCGUGCAGAGACCCAACACUACCACGACCGAGCAGUAGCAGCGGAACAGCAAUGGCCAAGAGCAGAAGCAGAGAUGAAGGAGGCAUACAAGCGCUUUGCCCCAUCUUCAAUGCAUUCGCAAUUGGUACAUGAUGCUUCGAGGCUUCAUCAGCAGUCCGAAGCGCUUGCCAGCGCAUUUGUGGAUGGACUGCCGCUCGACAUCGAGGGGACCACGCCAAAUGUGAGGAUAGAGCAUGCCCUCUUCACCAAGAGAUAUAGAGAGAUGAGGACAGAGUACCACAAGCUCAACCUCAUUGCUGAGCGAUGGGCUAGUGGCACCGUACAGUGGGAAUGA